AUCGCAGAUGACGCCAUGAACAGCAGGACGCGCGACGCGCCGCUUCGUGCGAGCCGUCUCCGGAUUGGCGAUGCCGGCUUCCCGGAAGUGACGACCCCGGCGUACCGGCUUCCCGUUCUCAGCUGACAAGCAACAGCGGGCAACAGCGCGGCGCGCGCCUCACGCUCGGCUCUCACACAGUCGGUGGUCGAGCUUAUGCGAAGGACGUAUGUGUGCGUGCAACGUGUGUGUGGUCUCUGUGGUGAAGUUGACAGUGUCUGCUUUGUCGGCGGCCUGUUCCUGAGCCGCCUCGCCCGUGCGAACAAGUGAACGGCACCGAUGUGACCUCCCGUCUCCCUCUUUUUUUUAUUUCGUGGAGGACCCGAUACCGGAGGUGGCGAACAUGCGAGCCGAAGACAUCAUGGCCGAGGAACAGCUCCUCAACGGCCGAAGCAUGCUCGGAUUUGAACACACUCUUGCUCGCCGACACCACCCUCGGACGGCGCCGUGCCAGCUGGCCUUCUUCUUUCAACUACGACCUCUGACCCUCGCAAUGACCGCUCUCACCGUGGAUGUUUGGCCAGUACAAGGAGGACCUAGGGGCCUUCGCCAAAUCCGAGGCGCUUCGGCUGAAGCAAUUAGAGAAGCUGCGCAAGAAGGAGGAGAAGCUCGACCAAAAGGAACUCAAGCCGUACCGGCCAGAGUGGCAGCGAAAGUGCUUCGACUUCUUGUCCAGCAUCUGGAAACACACGUUCGCCCGCCUCGGCGAGGACUGGGUCUUCCUCAUCCUCCUCGGCGUCAUCUCGUCGCUCAUCAGUUUCUCCAUGGACUACGGCAUCUCGAUGUUCCUCAAGACAAGAAGAUGGCUACACAGAGAUCUGACGGACAAUUUAAUAUUAAAAUACGUUGUUUGGGUCUUCUUCCCAGUAUUAUUAAUAUUAUUCUCAUCUGGAUUUGCUCACACCGUAGCACCGCAAGCAAUAGGCUCCGGUAUACCCGAGAUGAAGACCAUCCUUCGCGGAGUCGUACUUAAGGAGUACCUCACCUUCAGGGCCCUGGUGGCCAAGAUCAUCGGCCUCACCUGCACCCUCGGCAGCGGACUGCCGCUCGGAAAAGAGGGACCAUUUGUGCACAUAUCAAGUAUGAUAGCCAUGUCUCUUAGUCGCAUCGUGGCCUCCUUCAAGGGCAUCUACGAGAACGAGUCCCGGACGAGCGAGAUGCUCGCCGCAGCCUGCGCCGUGGGCGUCGCCUGCACCUUCGCAGCUCCGCUGGGCGGAGUGCUGUUUAGCAUCGAGGUAACCUCGGUGUUCUUCGCGGUGCGCAACUACUGGCGCGGGUUCUUCGCCGCCGCCUGCGGCGCCCUCGUCUGGCAACUGCUUGGAGUCUGGCUCAAGGAGCAAGAUACUAUAACGGCAGUAUUCAGGACAAACUUCCGAAUGGACUUUCCAUUUGAUCUCAUCGAACUAGUCGUUUACGCUGUGAUGGGGGCCGCCUGUGGAGUGCUGGGCGCCACGUUCGUCUACAUGCACAAGAGGGUUGUGCUGUUCAACCGAAAACACAAGCGCAUGAGCGCUUUCCUGCAGAGGAACCGGUUUCUAUACCCGCUGAUCAUUACUGUAUUCAUAUCAUCAGCCACGUUUCCCGAGGGCCUCGGACAAUUCAUGGCUGCAGAGCUAACAACGCACGAGGCGGUGCACGACCUGUUCACAAAUUUCACGUGGACUUCGAGCGACCUGGGCGUGGACGAACACAUGGUGGUCAACCACUGGGGCACCACCAAGGGCCGCGUCUUCCUCACGCUCAGCCUGUUCAUCUUCAUGAACCUGUGGAUGACUGCGUUGGCCGCCACCAUACCCGUGCCGCUGGGCCUCUUCAUACCUGUCUUCAAGAUGGGCGCCGCUUUCGGCAGGCUCAUUGGCGAAACGAUGGCUGUCCUUUUUCCGGAAGGUAUACGCAUGGGCGACAACAUCAACAAGGUCAUCCCUGGCGGCUAUGCUGUCGCAGGCGCCGCAGCCAUGGCCGGGGCCGCUACCCGUACCAUAUCGACCGCUGUCAUCGCGUUCGAGAUGACGGGACAGAUGUCGCACAUCCUCCCCGUCAUGAUAGCGGUGCUGAUUGCGAACGCUGUGUCCCAGAUGCUUCAGCCUUCAGUGUAUGAUUUGAUCAUCAAACUGAAGAAGCUACCAUACCUACCGCCCAUCCUGUCUACGUCUUCCGAGGCCCACAGCAUCUACGUGGAGGACAUCAUGGUGCGCGACGUGGUCUUCAUCUGGCAGGGCGCCACCUACAAGGACCUCAAGCACCUGCUGCGCACCAACAAGCGCCUGAACUGCUUUCCGCUCGUCGAGUCGCCCGACUCCAUGAUCCUGCUGGGCUCUAUUCCUCGGCUGGAGCUUCUGCGGCUGAUGGAGCUGCAGCUGGGCCGCUGGCGGCGGCUCCAGGAGGUGGCCCGGCGCCGGUCCAUGGACCUCACUUCGCGGAAGAGCCCCAUGGAGCAGCGUCGACAAUCGCGCUUCGAGGUCGUCCCCGUUACCAACAGCGGAAGGCCUUCCCCAAAAUCUUCACCACCUCCUUCUCCUCCGUUGACACCGAAGUCACCAAAAAAGUCAAUCCUCAAAGAUUAUGGCAUGCAGUCUCCAUACUCAACAAUAACAUCUCAAGAUUCAAGGCUGAGGCAAGCAUUUGAAGUAAUAUUUAGGAAGUCAUUGACUCUCCAAGAUGUAAAUCCCGAUAAAGAUGCCAGCUUGCCCAACACUCCCACAAGCACAAAAAGAGUACAGCUGCCCCGUGAAAGGAUCAUUGACAUGUCACCUGAAGAGCAACUGUCAUGGGAAGAGGAGCAGCUAGCCCAGCCCAUCGACUAUGCACACUGUCACAUUGACCCUGCACCCUUCCAGCUGGUCGAGAGGACCACACUUCUGAAGGUGCACUCCAUAUUCUCAAUGCUUGGCCUCCAACAUGCUUAUGUCACCACCAUAGGACGUCUCAUAGGAGUGGUGGCUCUCAAAGAGUUGAGGAAAGCCAUUGAGAAGAUGAACAGUGGCGGCUUCUCUAAGCCGACCGGUGCACCAGGAAGUGAGCUGCCCAAUGGAACAGCUGCAGGUGCUGAAGCACCAUCGGAGACACAGUCAGAGUCAGAAGAUGCUGCCGAGUCCUCGUCCAAGACAACACGGCAGAAAAAGUCUACCAAGAAAUCGGAAAACAAAGGAUCGCCCGUCUGACCCUCAGAAUGGCCUUCCGAAGCAAGGAGCAUGAAUGUUUGUCAAGUACUCUAGACAUUUGCACCUUUAUACCAAAUCGCAUCGUUCGUAUUGCUGUGUUCUCUCAGAGGCUACGGUGAUUGUGCUGAUGAAAGCCCCCGCCGUGACAAAAGGCUGUGUUGAGAGCAGAGGGUGCCUGAAUGAGAGCACAGACUUACGUGUUUCGAUCUUCCAUGCUGUAAUUUAAGGCAUAAUUUGUGAAGCUGUCAUUUUUUUUCUAUAAUGAUGAUAGAAGGAUGAGUGUGUUUUACACAAGGAACACUAUGUUGACAGGUGAUUUUAAUUGUGCUAGUUGCUGAGCCUAGGCUUGUGUUGUUAGUCCCCGUGUUCAGUGGUUAUUUGUUGCUACACAUCUAAUUCAUUAAAGCAAUAUCAUUUUACACCUAAUUGCAUCACCAUAUUUGCAGUUUUAGAUGUAUUUUACUGAGAUAAGCAAAACGACUGGAACCUAAAUCGUUUUGGUCUCUUUUUAUUUAUCGUAAACAAGCAUUCAUCUUUACAGAUGAGCAUGCAAGGAUGUUUUGUUCUGGAGAAGACAAGGAUUUUCUAGUAGUGAGUGCAGAAUGUGAUUUAAUUUCUCAUUACAGUGCUUACUGUAAGAAACAUCUUCCAUCUGCUAUGUGCUGUUUUUGUAGACUCUAAAUCAGUUACUAUCUUCCAAUAUUUUUUUUUAUGUGCUGACCAUUCACACAUUGCUGUUGUAAGAUAUUGCUGCAUAUCUCUCCACUAUUCCUCGUUUGUUUUAUUAUCAUCCCUGUUUCUAGAACUGAAAAUUCACAUGGGCAGUAAUCCAAACCAGAUAAAAAGGUUCGGAAUGCAAUACACCAAACAAAAAGGUGGCAAUAACACAUGUUGAAAGAUGUUAACGUGUCUGUCUCUUAAACAUCUGUCAACAACAUCUGUGUGGUUGGCUUCCUGCUUUUAUUUUGUUAUGAAUUUGCUACCUGACCACAUGGGAUGUUUCCUAGCCAUUGAUUUAUUAUAUAGGUGAGAUGAAAUAUAGGAAGACAAAAGAAAGUGGACAUUCCGUCCUGUUUUCAUGCGUGGCAUUUUUUCGCAGCCUGGUUUUGAAAUAGAGUGCACAGAGUGUAUGGUUCACCGGUGUCCAGGAUGCUCAAACAGGACUUGUCAAGUCUGCUCAUAGGGUGUUUGUGUGUUUUGCGCGUGCACGGAUGCUGCCUUCUGUCUACAGUUGCUGUGAAAGUGAUUCUCCUUGUUGCUCAUUUGUGUGCGAGAGUUCAUUGUUGUUGCACCAUGUUCACAUUCAAGUUAUUAGUAUACCUUGUUGUUUCCUUUUGUUUUCCUGGCAUUGAGUGUGCAUGUGUGAAUGCAGGCAGAAGAUAGUAUCCAGGGGGGCUGCUCUGCAAGUGUCCGCCGAGUGGACAUGCCCAUUUCGUCUGCUGCUGAGGUGCUGACUGGCUGAGGGCACCUGUCUCUUUCUGACGCACCUAUCUCCCAGCCCAGCCAAUCAGAACUCCAUCGGCCGACGAAAUAGACAUGUCCACUAAGUGGACACUUGCAGAAUACCCCUCCAGUGCAAGAAGCAGUCUUCCCAAAGGGGCAGUUUGCUCUGGUUAUUGCCCUCUUAUUUUUUUAUAUGCAUGUUUUUAUACUAGAAUGUGCAUUGCUAUUCAAUGCAGUGCAUAGCGCUGCAGCUUGAAGGAAGAAAUGCUUUUCUAGGAGUGAUAUAGCUUGUUGUGAGGUAUGCCUUCUCACAAUGCUGUCAAUAAAAGUCACAAGAGCAGAGCA